UAUAGAUUUAUGUCCGUUUGGCAGCCUCAGGGAGACAUAAUCGCUUUCCCGACAGCCUUUCGCAGCUGAGAGGGAUACUUUCGGUUUCGGAGCGCGUGUUUUCGCCGGCUCACUUCUCCUGCAGGGGAAAGCAGAGCCCGCGCCAAGGUUGCUGUGGGCGACAAUCCUACACAGGCAGGAGAAGAAGCGGCGUUUAUUUGGAGCGCAUUUGGGCGCCUCUUCCCCUUUUCGGCAGCCGAGGCGCUAAGAAGAAGUUAGGGAAGCAAUAAGAAAGAAAUCGAGUAAGCUUUCUCCUCUCUCUCUUUCUCUGGGCUGCACUCGUCUUUUCGCAACACCGAAAGGCUUCAGCCAGCUCUCCUCCCACCACGUUUCUGUGGAGGGGUUUUCUAGCAAAAGAGAAACAGCGACUGGAGCUAAAAGGGCUUGAAAUAUGGAGAGGGGUUUCCCCGUGUUCUGGGGUAGGCAACAGUAUGGACGUGGGUUUUAUGCAGCCAAUUUUCAAAAUGCAAACUAUUGGAGCGGCUGGUGGAAUUGGCAACAGAACAACAACCAUUGCCCAAAUACGCCAUCUGCGUGGGUACAUUGUGGCAAACCUCACAACUACAACGUUCCUUACCAAGGGAGUGGUUGGAAUCACUCUCAAGGAUCUUCCAAUGGGGCACAUUCCAGCCAAGGCCAUCAUAGAGGAGCUAAAAGCAAAUCUUCAAAAGGAAAAGGUCGUUCUAAAAAGCCAUCCCAUUCCUCGGGCUUAAUCAAUAAGACGCCAAAUAAAAAGGGAAAUAAUUUUGAAAAAACGGGAGGACCAUCAGCAACACCAGAGUCUAAACAAGGGCAGGAGAAUUCAGCAAGUUUGGUGAAAAAAACUGACACACCCAAGGUGGAUCUGAAGUCCAGCAAAACCAUCAUGUCGCCAAAGGAUUUCAGUUUUCAUUUGCCCUCUGUUUCCUCAACAUGUCCACAGAGCAAACAGGAAGUGCCAUCAAAGGGAAAAAAAGAAAUUGAGGUCAAGUUGGAAGACAGUCGGACCUCCGAAGACCCUCCCAGCCAGACUGCUCCUUUGUCACCUGUGCAUGCUCCAUCCAAGACAGCAGAAGGUCUUCCAGCCACAGUAAAGGAAGAACCUGUGGUGGGAGGCUGCGGUGUGAAAAUGAAUGAACUUGAGAUGUCUGGGUCUGAAGAUUGGGGAAAUUAUCAUCUAACAGAAGGAGGAACAGUUGGAUAUCAUCCUGGAGUGGAGUUGAAAGAUAGGCAGGCAGCUGAACAACCUCCCAGCCAGGCCUUAUCCUUUCCAUCUGCUGAAGCAUCUAUAGAAGACCAGCCACAACUUGUGACCACAGAAGGCAUUCAUACUACAAAAAAGGAACUGCCUGUGUUGCUGGAAGCCAUCCCACCCAAAGACCAUUUCAGCCAUGUUGGCUCACCUCCUGCUGUAGAAAUACCAUUCCUUUCUGAGACCACAAAUGAGAAUCAUUCAGAGGGAAAAGAAGACAUUGAACUGCUGGAAGCCAUUCCACCCAAAGACCAUUUCAGCCAUGUUGGCUCACCUCCUGCUGUAGAAAUACCGUUCCUUUCUGAGACCUCAAAUGAGAACCAUUCAGAGGGAAAAGAAGACAUUGAACUGACCCAAAUCACCAGCAGUCUUAAGGAUGGAGACCUCCAUAAGUCCUGUGCUGUGCUAGCUACUAGCUCCUCCAGCCUCCCAAGUACCCUGAGUGAUGUUCGUGUUGUGCCUGUACUGGUGAGAGAGAAAAAAUAUGAAAAGCUGGAAGCCAUCCCACCCAAAGACCAUUUCAGCCAUGUUGGCUCACCUCCUGCUGUAGAAAUACCAUUCCUUUCUGAGACCACAAAUGAGAAUCAUUCAGAGGGAAAAGAAGACAUUGAACUGACCCAAAUCACCAGCAGUCUUAAGGAUGAAGACCUCCAUAAGUCCUGUGCUGUGCUAGCUUCUAGCUCCUCCAGCCUCCUAAGUACCCUGAGUGAUGUUCGUGUUGUGCCUGUGCUGGUGAGAGCGAAAAAAUAUGAAAGGGCUGAAAAUGUAUGGGCACCUGAAGAUUGUCAGGCGCCACCCUGCAAUGUGAAUGAAGUUGGGAAGUGUCACAGAGUUUCUGAACAUGACAGUGACUUGGUGCUCUCACAGUCCCCACCUCACAGUCUCAUUUCCUGUGAUCAAAAAAGUGAUACUGAAAGAUGGCUGGAAUACUGUUCUUGUUCACCAAAGAACCAACACAGCAGUGAUUCGAGGCAUUCUUCCACAAAUUGGACAACAGGAGAGUUGCAUAUUCAGCGUUCAAGAUCCCCUCACAGACGAGAGCAAUCCCAUGGAAGCAGUGACCGGUCCCCUCGUUCACGAAAGGGCCGACACAGCAGUGAUUCACACCAUUCUAGAGCAAGCCGUGCCUCACGGGAGCUGCAUCUUCAGCGUUCAAGAUCGCCUCACAUGCGAGAACGAUCCCAUGGAAGCAGCGACUUGUCCCCGUGGAGGAGAGAGCACUCCAGCUUCUGUCACUGUGGAUAUUGCUACAAUCCACACCGAAAGAAUUUCUACGAGAGAGAUUCCCCUCCCUCUUAUUUGGUUCAGAAAAGAAGUCAUCGCUAUUCCCCAGAAAGAAGUGAAUUGUACAAAGCACCACAUUCCUACAAUCGUGAGAGCCCCAGAGAGAAGUUAAAGAAAAAAAUAUCAUCCUCUCAGAAAACUGAAAAGAAGAAGAAGGCAACAGCAAUUUCAGAGAAAGCAGGAAAAUCUAUCAAGACUAAGAAGAAAACCAAAGGAGACCAAGCUAGUGGUGCACCAAUAUCAUCAGAGACUGCACAAAAGUUACAGCCUGUGGAAACCGAAUUGUCUGACCCGAUCCAGGCAACAACCUGCAGUGAGGAUGCAGACCCCACUCAUCCCCUGUGUGCUGGAGAGAAAGAUGGCUUUUCAUCAUCCUCAAGGGCUUCUGAGGACCGUUCUGCAGCUGUACUAGCAAGAAAGGAAGAGAUAGAGCAGGCCUAUCAGCGAGUCCUCCUCAACUUUGCAGUGGUGACUGCCAUGCUGUUGGAAACAAAGCCAUGCAUGGAGGCGGCGAUGGAAGCAGCCUUGCGGGCCAACUUGAGAAGGAUCGGGAACUACUAUGAAUGCAUGCUGGAGGACUUCAUUGACAGCUAUGACUUGGCCAAUGCCAUCUAAUAGGAUGAUCUGACUAGUCUAAGGCAAAGAAAAAAAAUGGAGGAUUCCUGCCAGUGCAGAAGCUUUAGCAGCCCCCUACCCACAACAAAUAUCUUGUGAAAUGGUUUUUACAUUUGUUUCCUGAGAACUUAAAAACAUCUUUUUAAAUAAAAAUGACUGAUGGAGACAACAAA